AUGGAGGCGGACCCUUCACUUUCGCCACAAGAUACGGCAUCGUACACCUCAGGUGAGAUUAUGUAGACGACUUUCUUUUUCUGCAGAUAAACAACCCUAACUAUAGGGUGUACAAGCUGAUUGCGUGAGUCAGUCGCCGAUCCAUGCGCUGUUUGUGUUUGAUGUUUUUUUAGGUGUCUUUCAACGAGUUCAGACACAGUUCUGAUGUAAGGGAGAAUUCUCCAUGUAUGUGUUUUGGACGCCUGCUUGGGACUAGCUAAUGCCCUCUCUCUUGACUUGGUUUUUUUGUUAUUCUUGUCCGUCCAUCAGGUGACAAUAUUGAAUAAUGGCUCCCAUCUUUUAAGGCCAGUAUAGUACUAUCUCGGAUUGCGUGAAGAUUCGAGGUCCAGUUAUAUUAUCGCGAUUUCAUGUUCUCAGUUGUAUUCAGGCUGCCGAUUCCGAAGCGCUCUCGUUUUCAUCAUUGGAGUCGUCUGCUGGCCUAUGCUGCUGGCCUUGAUUUGUUUAGCCCUGCCGUCUGCCUUGUAUUAUAACCGUGUUCGGCGCACGUAGGUUGGCCGGCCUGUUAGUUGGUUCUGGACUCUCCGAUUUCAACCAUUGAUGGACUUGCGUUACUUAGAUUCCCUUUACGGAUGUUAUGGUUGCUUGUCGGCCUUCCCCGUCAGACACCGCACUGGUCAAUCCUUGCUGCUCAGGCGUGCUGCUUUUAAUCUCACGGGUACGUCGGUGUGACAGUGUAACACGCCAGGCAGGUGACUUUAGGUCUGCGCCUCCUUUUUCCACGCAAACUUUGGCUAUCGGCCCCGCAUGACUUUUUGCCCUUCUUAUCGACCCUGUCUGAGUAUACUCGGGCCUGUUUCGGGGUGUCUAAUAGGCAGGAUGUAGGCCUAUGGCUCGGUUAAAUGGGCCAGUCGAGGAGCAACUUUCCAGGAUCAGGGUCGGACGAUCACCGUCGGUUUCUCAAAGAAGAAACUAUUGUUCUGUUGUUGCAUGUGACCAUGGCCCAGUAGCUUAUCUUUGCGGUUAAUUACAAGCUCGUGUUCGUGCAAUCUUGUAGAGGUGUAGGAAUGUCCAGUGGUCUGUCCAUGUGAUGUUCGUGGCAGGCCGCUUACUGACUUGCAGGUGUUGACUACGCCUGAUGUCCAUUAACUGCAUCCAACUCUCACAUGUAACUUCUUGAAGCUAGGCUCUGCCUAGCGGCUACACCACGGUAGCUGCCUCGAAUUGUGGGCUAAGCCAGGCGAGGGUAUCCUACGCGCAAUAACUCUGCCCCAGCCCAUUUCUAUUCUUUUCUUCUCCUCCCCCCCCCUUCACUUGUCCCUUCUCUUUACCCCUUCCAUAUCCCCGUCCAAACCCAUUCUCCUCCCGCGUUACUCGCCACCCUGUCACUCCUGACUUUAUUCUUUUCCCCCACGGUCGGGAGGUCUAACGGCGAGAGCAACAUGCAGUCACGUAGGCGGCCCAGGCCAAGGGCUCCUUCUCUCACUAAACCUAUUGACCCAGAGUGGAGAGCGGCAGUGAUCCAGUGCGACCAAGCAGCCUUAUAUAGGGAGAGCACUGCUUACGCCCGCGAGGAGAAGGGGGUUAUAAAAGGUGCCCUACAAAUGCUGGGUUCACGUCUGCGCGCAGACCGUGGCUCGCAGACUGCAAUACCUGCAAUCGAAACCAACCAAUAGGAAACAAGGCUCUCUUUCCAUCCUCCCCCCGCCCCACCCCACAGGUCGCUAGUGUGGGUACGCUCACUCCGGCAGCCUGGAAUGUUUGUUCUCUUUUAGACAAUCCGAGGAGCGACCGACAGGAACAGAUGACGGCGGUAGUGGCUUUCGAACUGGUGCGCUACAAGGUUGACAUCGCCGCACUCAGUGAGACCCGGUUCUCCGAAAAAGGCCAUUGGAAGAGGUUGGUGCUGACUACACCUCCUACUUGAACGGUCGCCCUAAGGCAGAGCAACGUAACUCGGGCAUCGCCUUUGCCAUCCGGACCGACAUCGCGGGACGACUGGCCUGUCUGACGCAAGGCAUCAGCGAUCGCCUUAUGAGCCUGCUUCUUAGGAGAUGCAAAUUCUCCACCAUCGUCAGCGCUUAUGCCCCAACAAUGACCGACUCAGACGAGGCGAAGCCCAAGUUCUACGAGGACCUGUACGCCCUUCUGGCGUCUGUACCGAAGGCGGAUCAUCUGAUUGUCCUUGGUGACUUCAGUGCACGCCUCGAGACGAUGUGCUGCCUGAAAGGGAGUGCUGGGUCCUCACAUAACCGCCGGUUGCAACGGCAAUGACCCCUCCUGCUGCGGACCUGCGCCGAACACGGACUCAUUCUGACCAACACCUUCAGCCUACCGACUCGGAUGGCUUGCAAUGCCAAGGAGAUCUAGGGAUAUGCCGACUGCAACUAAUCCUAAAACUUCUUUAUUGCGACCAGGACGACCUACGACCUCCAACGAAAUAAAUCGCGCCAAGCCCAAUGGAUCAAUGCUUUUGCGGAAAAGUCGGAGAUUCUGAAGCGUUGGGCUGAGCACUUCAGAAGCGUCCCCAGCUGUCCCCUCACAGUCUCCGACGCCACCAUUGGCCGGUUCUCCCAAGAGGAAAUCUACACCGACCUGCAUCUCCCACCCUGUCUCCUAGAAAUCAUUCACGUCGUGUAA